AUGUCCUUUGAGUGCCAGCAGUGUGGCAAGUAUUUUAGCCAAGCAAGACAGCUAAGGACUCAUGAAAGAGUCCACACUGGGGAAAAGCCUUAUGAAUGUAAUCAGUGUGGGAAGUGCUUUAGUCAAGCAGGACACUUACGUCGUCAUAAGAGGGUUCACACUGGGGAAAAACCUUUUGAAUGUAAACAGUGUGGGAAGCGCUUUAGCCGAGCAGGAGAACUAAAGAAUCAUGAAAGGGUUCACACUGGGGAAAAGCCUUUUGAAUGUAAACAGUGUGGCAAGUGUUUUAGUCAAGCAGGAAACCUAAGGAGUCAUGAAAGAGUUCACACUGGGGAAAAGCCUUUUGAAUGUAAACAGUGUGGCAAGUGCUUCAGUGUAGCACAACACUUAACUCGUCAUAAGAGAGUUCAUACUGGGGAAAAGCCUUUUGAAUGUAACCAGUGCGGCAAAUGUUUUAGCCAAACAGCCCACUUAAGGAUUCAUAAACGAGUUCACACUGGUGAGAAACCUCAUGAAUGUAAACGGUGUGGCAAGUGCUUUAGCACAGCAAGAGACCUAAGGAGUCAUGAAAGAGUUCACACUGGGGAAAAGCCUUUUGAAUGUAAACAGUGUGGGAAGUGCUUUAGUCAAGCAAAAAACCUUCGGAUGCAUGACAGAGUUCACACUGGGGAAAAGCCUUAUGAAUGUAAACAGUGUGGCAAGUUUUUUCACCAAGCAAACACGCUAAGGAAUCAUAAGAGAGUUCACACGGGGGAAAAGCCAUUUGAAUGUAAACAGUGUGGCAAAUGUUUUAGCCAAACAGUUCACCUAAGGAUUCAUAAACGAGUUCACACUGGUGAGAAACCUUAUGAAUGUAAACAGUGUGGUAAGCGUUUUAGCCAAUCAUGGAACCUGAGGACACAUAAACGAGUUCACACUGGUGAGAAACCUUACGAAUGUAAACACUGUGGGAAGUCUUUUAACGAAGCAAGUAGCCUGAGGAAGCAUGAAAGAAUACACACUCUAUUAAAGUCGCGUAAAUUUUCCCAGAAAAACGAGAUUCUGUCUAAACGUUUGGAAUCAUGUAAGCUGAAGAGAGCUGGGGGUAAAAACGUUGAUCUUAGUGCCACAGACUUUACAAACAACUUGGCAACACACAGAGAGACUGGAAACAGUGGCGUAGCAGACCCGCAAUCAGUCAUUAAUGAGAAACACAGCUGUUGGAUUUGUCAAGAGGAGAUGAGUAGUGAGGCUCUUCUUCUUCAACACUAUGAACAUCAUAUGACCUAUGUUUGUGAAGACGACUCUUAAAGUUAAAAUGCGUUUCAGUUCUCGUAAGUUCUUUUCGGUUCUUAGGCAAAAUGUUUCUAGUUUCAACUUGAAACGUUUUUUUUUGGUUUAAAGUUUGUUACUUUCAAACCUGCGAUUCAUUUCAUGCAUACAAUUAUCAGGAACUACAAGUAUGAACGAUAAAAGAACAGUUUACGUGUCUUAAACAAACUAAAACCCAGGUUUUAGCCUCACUUACAGCGGGUUAUAAGUGGUUUGUCUUCUACAUACCAUGUACGGUAAUUAAUAUAACAACUGAAGUAUUUCUGAACCCACAGCUGUAAGAACAUAAUAAAAACAAAACUAUAGCAUAUGGACCAAAGAGGAAAUAAGCAUUCCUUAAAAAAUCUCAUUCCAUGAUUCGUAAAGCGAGAAGUGAUUUAAUAAUGCAUGUCGUUGGAGAACUUUCGUCGAUACUUACCGUAUUUAUUCGAUUAACCGCCCUCGGCGCGUAUUAUUUUUGGACCUUGCGAGUGGGCGCGUAUUCGAGGUGGGCGCUUAUUAAAUUUUCACCAUUUUCAGCAAGUGUAGUAUGUUUAUUUUGCAACAAAACAAAAAAUGCUAAUAACAAAACGCGGAGAAGUGACAAAGCAAGGUUUCUGUAAAAUACUUUGAAGAAAACUCCGUCCUCGGGGAAGUCUCUUAUUAGAAUUUAUUCACUCAAGUGGGUGGGGUGGCGGUGAGCGCUUAUUUGAGUUUGAAUGGGAGGAGAAGAGGGUGGGCGCUUAUUAACUUUUUCUGCCUUUAGGAUGAGCGCUUAUUCGAGGUGGGCGCUAAUUUAAGGUUGGGCGCUUAUUCGAAUAAAUACGGAAAUUUUUUUGAAAGUUUCUUGGAAAAUAGCGCGCGUAAGAAAAAGAAAAACAAAUUGCGCCAUCACCUUCACCUCAGGCUCUCCACAGAGUGCGCGUGCUGCUGUUUCGUGACCUUUUUCCCGACUCCCCCGAACGGACAGCUUGCUUACAAGCAAUAUGAAAGGGGAGGAAUUUCACUGGUUGAAAUAAAAUGAAAGGGCAAAGAAAUCUAUAUCUAUCGUUUCGGACCUUAAAAAGGCCUUAAAGGACUUAGAGAUGCAUUUUAUCGCUCUGAAUACAGGUUGAUUUUCACUGACGCGUUUUUGGCUGCGCACUUUAACGCACGUGAAUAUCAAUCACGUAAAUAAUGUAGAGGCAAGAUAUAAAGUGCUGAGAUUAAACGUGAAGUUGAGCGAUGUUCAACUUUUACGCUUACGAGCGACUGUUCAUGCAUUGCCUCUAUUUUAUUUGCGAACGUAAAUUUUACGCAAGUACGCAAGUAAAAAUUAGGCGGCAGUGGAAAUCAACUCACGUCGAUUUCGUGCGGGUUUAUUGAUAUUAAAAAAACAGUGUAUUUAUUACAGUUUAGUGGGGUGCAGAGUGCUAAACUACAAGGUGUGUAAAAGGGGUACCAAUUGUCAAAAGAAAGUAAUCGAAAUGGGUACCUUUUCUGCAGGGCGGAGCCUCCCGGUGAAAAGAUUUUCUUCAGUAUAUACCUCCCCUCGGGAUUUGACCUUUUUGAAAUCCAAUAGACUGCGUAGUAAGCGUUUCCAAUCGAGUUAUUGCGCAAAAGUUGGAGGGGGAGAAAAAAAAAAUGGAAUGGGGAGGGAAGUUAUACCAACUUUGACAACUUUCUCGGCGAACUCGGCAAGAAGGCUUGAUCCGCAGGAUAGAAUUCCAAUAACUUCUUAUUGGACGAGUCAAAUUGGACUGUUCUGGUGCUGGAUCAGACAGAAGCUUAAGUUCACCAUGUUAUCACAACCUUCGCCACUUUUUUCUUUCAUCAAUCUACGGUUGACCUUUGGAAACGACGAUGAUUAUGGUAAAACGACUUUUACCAGUUAUUGAAGUUAUCUUUGAUUGUCCACUUUUUCUUAUUAAAAAAACCCCUUGUUAUUUAACCAAUAUACUGAGGGGCUUAUAGGUCUAUUUACCAUUUAGUCGCGAAAAAAAAUUGGGAUCAAAUUUGGACAUUGGAAAAGAUAUUGAUGUAAAAUAAGUCACUUAAAUGAGUUUAAAAAAAUCUUUGCAGACAAAAAAAAACUAUAGAAAAACUAGCAAGCAUUUAUGAAAAAUAAUCCAUCUACAGAGUUGGAUUAUCCGGAAGUCCAGCCAAGCUCCUCGAAUCACCAUUCAGAUCUAGCUUUUCUUACUUAACGCUAGAUUUUACUUCGUGUGCUUCAUUUUUGAGAAUCCAAGUCUAUGUAAGCUAGAUUUGUUUGCGGCAGUUAAUACAGUAAAACACCACCACUAAGAACGUGGAUUUUUCCAAGUGAGUCUCCUUCCAAACAUUUUCUUAUAUAAAUGGUAGUUAGCAAUAGUUUAGACUAUUUAUCGCAGGUUACACUAACAUCUGCUGAACCGAAAGACAUAUUCCUUUCCCAUUGUUCUCAAAUAUCAGUUGGAGAAUUAUCGCAGAGCCAAUCAGCGCAAGUUAGUGGGACAGGAACGCGUGACGAACCCCUAAGAACGUCUGCGGAGGAGGCUAAAUACACUGUAGCUCAAAGUAUUUAGUGGUUCAGUUUAUUCCUGAUAUAAAAUCUGCAAACCAAAUUGGAAGAACUGUAGCUUUGAUCUCAUUGAAUAAAUAAAUAUUGCAGUCGGAGUGAUAAUAUAAGGCAUGCCUUUGUCCCCAAAGAAAAACUGCAAACCGAGCUUGCGUCCCCAGUCCCCACGGGUUUUUGAACUAUCCCCAGAUUUCUCUCACAAGGUGAAAUCACGAUCAUUUCAUUUUUGAAUCCUUCAGCUCUUGGUAUCAUCUAAUUUUCCCUCGUGUUAUUUGAUUAAAACGGCAAGGUCUUGUUACUAAAGGUAAGGCAAUCUUACAUACAUUAUGGGUACGUUAAUUGUGAUAGUGAUGUGCUGAUUCGGUACUGAUCACGAACACACUGAUGACUUGAAAUGAACUAGACCAAAGAAUAGACGCACAUUUAUAAACUGCGUGACCUCGGGCUUUCUUUGAGCAAAUUUUCCAGGUAUAAAAGAGUUCAAAUUAGUAAGAUGGUUUUAUAUUUUAUGCUUUCAAGCAUGUUACGUUAAUUGGUAGGGUAAGCACAGGCGGCCCAGACGUAGUAUGUGUCACUGAAUGAAUAUAUUAAUAUCCACAUGGACAAAUUAACGCGAUGAGUCGUCGAAAAUCCCAUGGACUAAAAUAGUCUAGAAGUCAAAAUAUAACAAAACAAAGCUAAGAUACCCUCAACUGAACGUAUCCUUGUCUUUCCUGGCCGGUUUAAGUGGCAUUUUGUUGAGUUUUGAAAUUGUAGGUACUAUCCACUAACGAAGAAUUAAAAGGCUGGCUACAAAACAAACAGACCAUCUCCACGCGCCUUCACACGAAGCGCUAUAAAUUCGAGAAUAAUCGACGAAUCCGCUCCAAAUAACCAUCGGCUAAUCUGCAGGUAACGUGUGCUCCUGCUUCUGGCUCGCUUGCUCCACAAAACCCAUCACAACUGCACAAUAAUUGCUCGCUCAUCAACAACCACUGUUGACCUUUACGCUUCGAUAUGACCGCAUACGACCAGGUUUAAUACGCGACGUGAAUAUUCAAGCUUAGCGACCGCGUUCGCGCAACAAUGCAGCACUUGCUAUGGGAGGGAUGGUACUAUUGCUUCCAGGUCAAUCAAUCGGGAAAAUAAUAUUGAUGCCCUUGUCAUUUUUUAAAAAGAUCCAAUUUGCCCAAGGAGCACCGAACAGAUACGAAUCUUAUAGCGGAGCUAAAAAAAAUGAGCGGCAGUGGAAAAAGUGAAUAAGAACAUGUACCACAUUUUCUCCAUAAAAAGUGAAAACCAGGAAGUUUUCUGGACGUUUCACGUUGCAGUCAUGCAAAUCAACGGCAAGGAAAUGUACAAGAAAGUGUGCUGCAAUUAGACCUAUUGUUGUUUUUCACAGUUCUGGUCAAGGGCAUCCAACUUUUAAUUUUUCACAUUUCACUCACCGGGUUAGGCUAUUUUUCUUAGAGAGUAAAAUGGAAUCCUAAAAUUUUCGGAUUCAAAAAUGUGAUGAAAGAAGGUAUCUGAAAAAUUAUCUCCUUCGUAAUACGUUAAAUUGCAUCUAAAAUUUUCGGGAAAAUAAUUCUGAAUUCCUCGUAAUUUCGAAAAGACUCAAGUUCCUCUAGAAUGGCCGAACACUGAGAUGCAAAUUUUAUAGCGCCACUUAGAAUGCAUUUCUAUAGAGCUAAAAGUACUUUAUGAAUAGCUACAGAAGUGUUUUCAAUUGAAAGUAUUUGAGGAAACAGUCGUUGGGUGGCCCUGUCUCGUUGCCUUCUCCGCUUAGCAUUACACGAUAUAUUUUAUAUUUAGUAUGAGCAAACUAUAAAUCAUUAGCUUCGCUUUUAGCCCUCCUGACUAAAUUUAUGUAAGCGCUGUUUAGAAUACAUUUUUCGAUCAAAAGUACCCUGGACAGCCUUAAAUGUGUUUUCGAUGCAUUUAGGGGGAAAUCAUCGUUGGGUGCCCCUGAGUUUUGAGAAUAAUAAUAAUAAUAAAAAAAGAUAUCGCGCACAUAAAUUUUACCUUACGAUAUCUUCAGCUGUAUCUUCUAUUCAGCUGCAUAGCGGGGGCCAGAUUUUGCCUUUUUCCUGGGCGGAAAAUUCUCGUCCUCCUUCACCAGUUUGGACAACAUAUUAUGGAGUAAGACGUUGUUAAUCUAAGCAAAUAAGUCUGGUAGAGUCAAGAACCUAUGCAAGCGGCUGGACGAACAAUGUGACAGCAGCUGAGACAGCGAACGUUAGAAGAAUUCGAACAUGAAAACCAGGGCUGCCCUGUUGAAAACUUACGGACGGUCCCGCGAUCGCCUUUUGUUUUCUGGUCAAAACUAACGCAGCGAACCUUCGGUCAGUCGAUUGACCUGGAAGCAAUAGUACCAUCCCUCCCAUAGCAAGUGCUGCAUUGUUGCGCGAACGCGGUCGCUAAGCUUGAAUAUUCACGUCGCGUAUUAAACCUGGUCGUUUGCGGUCAUAUCGAAGCGUAAAGGUCAACAGUGGUUGUUGAUGAGCGAGCAAUUAUUGUGCAGUUGCGAUGGGUUUUGUGGAGCAAGCGAGCCAGAAGCAGGAGCACACGUUACCUGCAGAUUAGCCGAUGGUUAUUUGAAGCAGAUUCGUCGAUUAUUCUGGAAUUUAUAGCGCUUCGUGUGAAGGCGCGUGGAGAUGGUCUGUUUGUUUUGUAGCCAGCCUUUAAUUCUUCUUCAGUGGAUAGUACCUACAAUUUCAAAACCCAACAAAAUGCCACUUAAACCGGCCAGGAAAGACAAGGAUACGUUCAGUUGAAGGUAUCUUAGCUUUGUUUUGUUAUAUUUUGACUUUAAGACUAUUUUAGUCCAUGGGAUUUUCGACGACUCAUCGCAUUAAUUUGUCCAUGUGGAUAUUAAUAUAUUCAUUCAGUGACACAUACUACGACUGGGCCGCCUGUGGGGUAAGAUACAUUUUGAUCGACAUGCCAUCAAAAUAUGAAAUGGAUAUGUAUGUAUAAUUAUGGUUGAGGAAAGUACGGCAAUGUAAGUGGAACGCUGACUAAAAAAGUGGAAGGCGAUCAGAAAGACAACAAAUUUACAGUACCACCCAAAAGUAAGUUACCAGAUGCGUCUCUUUUCCUGCGUGACGAAAAUCGCGUAGCGCGAGAAUUACUGAUACGGCAAUUUUUGGCAUAAAUUGUUGAUGACACAUUCGGCGAGAAACAAACCAAAAUUUUCUUGUAGUGUUACCUGAAAGACUGAGGUAAAUGGGUGUUAGAUUUUUGGUUAAGUUUCUUUCGAGAAGCUAUCCUUUAACUUGUCAACACUGUUUAAGGUGGCCGACUGUUUAAGGUGGUGAUUUGCGUUUUUCAGAAUGAAAGAUUCAACGGAUUUCUAUGAUUUUUGGCAUCCUUAAUAAACAAUAAUGGAACCUUAAGAAACUGUUAUUUAUUUUCUUGUAGGUAUAAGAACCUUUGAGAUAUCGGCAUAUAUUUAAAACCGCAUUUUUACAAAAAAUGUUUAUAACUUCGAAAUCCCAUGACAGAUUUUUCCCUUACUUCAGCAAAUAAGCCUUAGAGCUCUCUAGUUUUACGUCUACAACUUUGAAGGCAAUCGUGACCAUAGAACUCACUGCACAAAAUGCUGGUCAAAUUUAACCUUAAAAACAGAGGAAGACUGCCUACAGACUAUCUCCUAUCUGAAAGGAUAUUCCUACCUAAAGCUUUAUCGCAAGAAACAGAGCCAUCAGAAACUUAAUUACGGCGAAUACAGUUAACACUUUAAGAAGAACAAUUUUAAGCUGAGUGCCUCACAUCACAUUCGCACGGGCAAUUAACUGUUGGGGAUAAUGAGAAGAAUAAGAUGAUUGUCAUAUUUGUCUUCAUCUUUAUUCCCAAGUGGAAAACUUCCUGUGCGAAUGUGAUGGCGAGUUCAAAGAGCUUGAAUAAAUUACCAAAUACAAGGGUUUUCUUUGCAGCUGAAAAAUGGAUGGUUAGAAUUACUGAAGUUCGUGGCCUUAUUUCUCUUCAAAACAGGAACCUGCGAUGCUAAAAACUCUUGACAGUUUUUCGUAGAUGCUAUAUUUUGCUUUGUUAAGAUUUGUUUCCAAAAGAGAGGGACAAAUACAACUUAAGUUUGAUGAAUAGAAGUUCUUUAAUAUAACCACGCACUCAGCAUAAAGUUGUUCUUCUUUUAGUGCUAACUAUGUUCGCCGUAGGUUUCUGAUCACUCCGUUUCUUGCAAUAUAGCUUUAGGUAGGAAUAUCCUUUCAGAUAGGAGAUAUAGUCUGUCGGCACUCCACCUCUAUUCGUGCGUCAACUUUCACAACAAUGUGUUAGCAUAGUAUUUUAAGGUUUAAUUUGACCAGCAUUUUGUGGAGCGAGUUCUACUGUCACGAUUGCCUUCAAACUUGCAAAUGUAAAACUAGAGAGCUCUGAGGCUUAUUUGCUGAAGUUAGGGAAAACUCUGUCGUGGAAGUUAUUUAUCAAAUAUUUACUUUAUCAGUCUAAAAUUCAUUUCAGCUUGAAGAGUUUAACAAAACCUGCAGGGAGUUACAAGUGAAGCUAAAUUUUGUUUCAUCUCAAAGUUUUUAGUAAAAAAAUGUAGUUUUCAAGGUAGUGUAGUGGUUUUAAAGUGACUUUUUUAAAAGCAUGUUUUGCACAAAUACGUAAAUACCAAUUCUUCACAAAGUAAAUUAUGCGCAACAGUCUACAGGAUGCAUAGGUAAAAAUUUGUACGCGUGUUAGUCCUUGCAAAGCUUUACCACUGAUUCUUGGAAUUGCUCAAGAAUUUUGGCCAUGAUACUUACAGUUUUUACGCCAUGGUGCGCUAUGUGAAUCGCAUAGCAGAAUACAGGAACAGUAGUGGAUCCAGACUUUGAGAUAAGAGGGGGACCUGGUCUCCAAAAAAUUUUUUUCGGGCCCUUUGGGCCUCAGUUUUGUCUAAAAAUAAGGGUAGGGGGUCCAGGCCACCUGGGCCACUACCCUGGAUCCACCACUGAGGAAUCACAUAGCAUAUGAAGAGAGUCAUGUAGCCCGCGACACAAUUUGCAUCUCGCGAGAGGCUUGUGACUUUCUUUUGAGCUGUACUGUAACCCGUAUAUUUGACAAAACAGUGUAGAUGAUAUAGGCAAGAUGACAAAACUGUCAGAAAAUGUUGAUCAAAAUAGAGUGGCAAGAUUAAAACAGUCUACCAGUUAAAGCAUUUUGCAAAACUCUCACUUCCCUGAAAUUAGAUAGUAAGGAUCUCCAUUGUUAAAAGAGCUAUAAGCUAACAUGUAAUCUUUGAUAUAAUUUAACUAUGAAACUUUGUUUGAUCUAUCAAAAUCAUGUUGACUUAAAUUGUCAAACAACUCUACGUGCUUUACAAAACUGCAUUGCUGAUUCCGUACAUGCGAGUCAAAAUAAGUGAAUGCAUAUAUGCCCACGCUAAAACUUUUGUGAUGAACAGUCAGUUUAUCAGUUUUGGGUGAGUUUGAUUAUGUUCAAUAAUAUUACUGAACCUAAUCAAAUUGCGUUUAUUGACUCCAUUAAUCAUUUUAAUUAAGAUGAUAUUUGUCAAUUGUCAGUUAAGCCAUGAUGUUAGUGGGUACAAAGACUUAAUGGGACAAGAGUAUUUCAUUCUAUCUUUGAUCGCAGUAAUAAAGUCUUUUUAGUAUUCAACUGUACAUGUAUUGUUAGGGCCUGUUUACGUGUGGGUGGGGGACCUCAGGUAGGUGAAGUAACCUGUGUAGGUGGGGUAAUAAAAUAACACUCCUUUAUAUGCAAUCUUACAACCCCGCCAUCCUGGGGUGCACUUUCUCAAGAUUAUCGAAUGGUCAAGAAUAAUGCUGGCAAACCACGUGUUUUGGCGAUUAAUGCUCUUCUACACUCACUUGCUGCUCUUGCUGCAGCUUUCAUUGCUGUGGCUUUUUAUUGGUACCUUUCUUAAUGAUGCAAAUUCACUGCCAAAGUGAAUUUUGCGUGAAUUCGACGUGUCAUGAAUCCGACCCCAACUAGGCGGGUUAACCCACCUUGAAACAUUUACAUGGCAAAAUUUGACCCCAGCUGAGAGGGUUACCCUGGCAGACUGGGAUACCCGCCUUGGUGGGUCACCCCACCUAUCAUGUAAACAUGAUCAAAUUAAAAUGAACGAUUAUGUGGAUAUGGACAGGUGGAUUACCCCACCUUAAUGGGUUUCCUCACCAACCUGGGGUCCCCCACUUCGAUGUAAACAGGCCCUUAGUCAAUAAUUUUAGUUGGUUUUUCAGUCAUUUUAUCGUUGUCGGUUUUGUUCGAGUUGAUCAAUAAGUUCACUUUUCCAAAGUGACAAUAAGUAGUCUAUAAAAUAAUCUGUAUUGCAUGUUGAUUGUUCAUUUGUAAAUGAUGUUAAGCAAUGUGGUUGUUGGAAUCACCAUUUCCUGCUACUGGUCUCACAAAUGCAAGUGGCCUGGCAGUUGCUGCUCUCUCUCUCUGUCCUCCAGUCUGUGAAAAAAAAUUGUCCCUGACAUAUCCAUGCAGUUACCAUAAAGAGAUAAUCAGUUUGUGUACUAUGUAUCUGUUGUAUGGUUAUAAGUAGUUAGUGUACAAUAGUUUCAGAGGUGCCUCAGAUGUGAAGUGCAGUAAUUGUCAUAAUGAUCCUGCUAGUAUAGGGUGUCCUACUAAAUACGGUUUUCACUGUUUAUUAUGAUGGGAGCCUGCGUAAUACACACCCCCUAAUUAUACAGAAACCUAUGUACCUUUCUUUGGAGUCCUUAUUAACCAGGUUCCUUUCUUGUUGCUGGAAUAGCAGAAAUUUAACUACAGCUGGGCCCCUUUCCACAGCCCACAGGCAGAUCCUUCCUUAUAGUUUUCAAGCUAAGGCCUGCCAUUUGACCACAUAAGGGCUGCCAUCCGCUACUCUAUCCAGCAUUCCCACUCCAGGUCUUCUAGGUGGUCUCUCUUCCCAUGCCUUAGGGUAUGACCAAGCCAGACUCUCUGUCCUCUGUAGAGGUGCCCAAAUACCAUAAGUAGAGUAAGUUAUCAUGCUACCCUCUCCAGCCCCCCCUUUUUUUAAAUUAAAAAGUGACUGUCUGUAUUUAUUGAUCAUGACUAUUAUACUUUAUGUGGAGUCACUCAGUAUCGUUUGUUUUGCUGGAAGUUCAGAUUUUUUUUUGAUCUUCAGUUGCCCAACAUACUCUACUUAACUGUACAUUUCAAUUUGUUAUAAAAAAAUUAAUUCCAUCUCCUGGUUGGUUGGUUGUUUCCUGGUACAAACAGGAAGUCAGAACUGCGACACUAGUCCUGUUCUUCCUCCUGCUAAGUGUGUGUUAUUGUACAAAACACAGGGGACUCUCUGAUCUGAAUAUAAAGUCAACGUUACAUUAACUGACUCCUGUUUUUAGGUGUGCAGUCAGAUGGUGCAUGGUCAGAAACCACCUUUUUCUUCAGCGGUUGUUCUUUACAAUAAUAAUUAUUUCUAAUUUAUUUUUUCAAAUAUCCCUCUCAACUUUUAAACUAUUUGUUACAGACCUUGCUUUCACUAGCUGGCCACAAAGUUUGUUCAAUGCAUUGCCCAAAAAAAUACAAAGAAUGUUACAUUUACCUAAUAAUGUUUGUCCUUCCUGUUAAAAGGUACCCUAACCAUAACACAUUAAAAGAGGAACAAGCCCAAUGUCCUUUGAGUGCCAGCAGUGUGGUAAGUGUUUUAGCCAAGCAAGACAGCUAAGGACUCAUGAAAGAGUCCACAAUGGGGAAAAGCCUUUUGAAUGUAAACAGUGUGGCAAACGUUUUAGUCAAGCAGGAAACCUAAGGAGUCAUGAAAGAGUUCACACUGGGGAAAAGCCUUUUGAAUGUAAACAGUGUGGCAAGUGUUUUAGUGUAGCAGGACACUUAAGUCGUCAUAAGAGAGUUCAUACUGGGGAAAAGCCUUUUGAAUGUAAGCAGUGUGGCAAAUGUUUUAGCCAAACAGUUCACUUAAAGAUUCAUUAUCGAGUUCACAGUGGUGAGAAACCUUAUGAAUGUAAACAGUGUGACAAGUGCUUUAGCACAGCAGGAGAACUAAGGCGUCAUGAAAGAGUUCACACUGGGGAAAAGCCUUUUGAAUGUAAAGAGUGUGGCAAGUGCUUUAGCCUAGCAGGACACUUAAGUCGUCACAAGAGAGUUCACACUGGGGAAAAACCUUUUGAAUGUAAACAGUGUGGCAAGAGAUUUAGCACAGGUGGAGACCUAAGUAGUCAUAAUCGAGUUCACAGUGGUGAGAAACCUUUUGAAUGUAAACAGUGUGGCAAGUGCUUUAGCACAGCAGGAAAACUAAGGAGUCAUGAAAGACUUCACACUGGGGAAAAGCCUUUUGAAUGUAAACAGUGUGGCAAGCGUUUUAGUCAAGCAGGAAACCUAAGGAGUCAUAAUCGAGUUCACAGUGGUGAGAAACCUUUUGAAUGUAAACAGUGUGGCAAGUGCUUUAGCACAGCAGGAAAACUAAGGAGUCAUGAAAGACUUCACACUGGGGAAAAGCCUUUUGAAUGUAAACAGUGUGGCAAGUGUUUUAGUCAAGCAGGAAACCUAAGGAGUCAUGAAAGAGUUCACACUGGGGAAAAGCCUUUCGAAUGUAAAGAGUGUGGCAAGUGCUUCAGUGUAGCAGGACACUUAACUCGUCAUAAGAGAGUUCAUACUGGGGAAAAGCCUUUUGAAUGUAAACAGUGCGGCAAAUGUUUUAGCCAAACAGUCCACUUAAGGAUUCAUAAACGAGUUCACACUGGUGAGAAACCUUACUUGUGUAAAAUUUACCUUUGCAAAUAA